CCGUCGGCUUGUUUUAUUAUUGGUGGUGCCGGCUCUUUUCCCAUUGAAAAACACAUAACUUCCUGUCAUUUAAUAAUCUCUGAAUUGAAAAAUAUAUUUUGCAUUUAGAUAGCGGACAUAAAUUGUUAGCAUAGUCAUUCGAUACGAAAUAGUUAAGAUUUUCUUGAUAAAAUUUUCGCAAUGCAAAAUACUAAUCCACUUCAUCCAAUAAUCCCAGCUGUGGAAUCUUUUCUAAAAGAGUUACAGAAUAUUGGUAUUAUUAAAGAAUACAGCUUACAAGCAGCAGAACUCGGUUCUAGCAAAGUGAAUGAAUUUCAAUCUGCAUUUUUGAAGUUUUCUCAGAAAGUUAAUGAAACAUUAAUCCUCCAUAAUAAAACCACAGAAAAUCCUGAUAUCGAAGUAUCAAAUGUGUCCGAGAUAAAUUCUGAACAUCAACCAGUCCAAAUAGAGGACAAUAAAAAUAUUUCUAAUUCAAAAAAUUUGCAACAGUUACAAGUAGAUGAAACUGAAAUCAAACGACGAAUAAAUGCUUUUCUGUCAAGGAAACGAAAAGAAGUAGAUGAAUGGAAUGUGCAGGAAUUUUGUAGUCGCCCGUAUGUUGAAGAAGAGAAUCCUUUAUGGGAACAAGUUGAUAGCUGUGCUCGUGUUGAUGCCGUUUUCAUACCUAGAUUUGGUAGUAAAAGUCAUGUAAAAGUUUCUAAAGUUGAAAAUCGAUGGGGUCCUCAAACUCAGUUUAGAAAUGAGCCAGCCAAACGGAUUAAAACUGAACCUGGCUUAGAAUCUGAAACUGAAACAAAUGAUGUAACUUUUGAAACCAUACAGGAGAGACUACGAAUAAUGGAAUCUCAUUUAAAAUUAAAAUCAGAUAGUUCUAUGAGAAAUAGCAUUUUUCAAAGAAUAAAGAAACUGGAAGAUAGAAUUCUGUUUUUGGAAGGAAUAUCACCGGAUUAUUUUCAUUUAUCUGCUCCUAAUUAUUCAUCAGCAAAUAAAAAAAGCAUAUCUGAAAAAGAAAAAGUUUAUUCGAAUUGGAAUGUUGAUGAUAUCCAAAAACGUAUACAAGCCUUAAAGGAAUCUCUGAAGAUGAAGUCUGUGGUUAAAAAAGAACCUGUACCUUGAUUUUUGAUUGAAAAAUUGUUUGUACAUAUUUAAAUUUGUAUAUAAGAUUUUUGUAAAUAAAAACAAGCAAACUGUGUUUUAAUUGAAGCAA